GAGAGAGAGGGAGAUGUAAAGAUGGCGGAGCUGCAGAUGCUGCUGGAGGAGGAAAUUCCAGCGGGUCGCAGAGCGUUGUUGGACAGUUUCACCAACCUCGACAGAGUCGCCGAGUACUGCGAAAGUAACUACGUGCAGGCUCCAGACAAGCACGUCGCUCUAGAGGAAACCAAGAACUACACUACUCAGUCCCUGGCCAGCGUGGCCUACCUGAUCAACACUCUCGCCAACAAUGUGCUCCAAAUGCUGGACAUCCAGGCGUCUCAGCUGCGCCGCAUGGAGUCCUCCAUCAACCACAUCUCUCAGACGGUGGACAUCCACAAAGAAAAAGUGGCCAGGCGGGAGAUCGGCAUCCUCACAACCAACAAGAACACCUCUCGCACACACAAAAUCAUUGCUCCAGCCAAUCCCGAGAGGCCAGUGCGGUACAUACGCAAACCUAUCGAUUACAGUAUGCUGGACGACAUUGGUCACGGUGUGAAGGUCAACACCCAAAACAUGAAGAUGGGGAGUCUUCUUCGCACCACACCUCCCACACAGAAACCACCCAGUCCGCCGAUGGCAGGCAAAGGCACGAUAGGGAGACACUCGCCCUACAGAACACUUGAGCCAGUGCGGCCUCCUGUGGUCCCUAAUGACUACGUUCCAAGCCCAACACGCAACAUGGUGCCCAUCCUGCACCAAAGUCCUGUGCGCACGGCGUCUGUUAAUCAGAGGAACCGCACCUACAGCAGUGGAAGCAGUGGUGGCAGUCAUCCCAGCAGCCGCAGCAGCAGUCGGGAAAACAGCGGGAGCGGCAGUGUCGGCCUUCCCAUUGCUGUGCCCACACCCUCUCCACCCAGCGCCUUCCCAGCGUCUGGUGCCAGCACACCCUCAGCUCCAACUAACUCCACUCAGCCGUCUGUCACUUCCUCUAGUUUAACCCCCACACAGCCUCCUAUCACCCCCAGCUCAAACUCUGACUCUCCCCCCACUCAUCCUGACUCCAGCGAGAGCUCAGAUAAAGGCUCUCCUCCUUCCCAACCACCCCUCACUUCAGCUGAAGCUAGUGCUACAUCCAGCUCCAACCCUGAGACAGGUGCUCCUCAGUUCUACAGCAUGAACAGGCCCGUCCCCAGACAGACUGCACCCUCAGUCGGGGGUUCACUGCCGUACCGCAGACCACCCUCACUCACGGGUCAGACUUCCAUGCCACCUAGCCAGCAGAAUGGAGGGCCUUAUUACAAUCAGAACCAAGCUUCAGUGGCCCCCCCUCCCCCCUCCGUACUGCAGAUCACACCCCAGCUUCCACUGACGGGGUUUGUGGCUCGCGUUCAGGAAACCAUUACAGAUGCGCCUCCUCCACCUCCUCCAUCAGAAGAGCCCAUGUUUGAAGACACACAAAAUCCAGCUGCUCUUCCAGAAGACUAUGAGGAAGAGGAGUCUUCUGUGGUGGAGUACAGUGACCCAUACGCUGAGGAAGACCCACCAUGGGCUCCACAAACAUACCUGGAGAAAGUGGUGGCAAUCUACGACUACGUGCGGGACAAGGAAGAUGAGUUGUCUUUCCAGGAGGGAGCCAUCAUCUAUGUGAUUAAAAGAAUGACGACGGCUGGUAUGAAGGUGUGAUGAGCGGCACUACAGGACUUUUCCCUGGAAACUAUGUGGAGUCCAUCAUGCACUACACAGAGUGAGCAUGUCCUCUGUCCCACACCAGCGCUGAUCUUACACUGCAGAAAAGUGCAUGAGUGCAAACAAACCAUGCUAAUAACAGGCCGUGUUCGGAGAGGAGUGCUACAAUUGAAGAGGAAGCAAUAUGAAGCUGAACAUCCAGACUUUGCACAGACGACAUUUAAAAAAAUGAUAGAAAUAACAUGUUUACUUUUACCUAUAAUGAAGGAUAAUGAGUUUGAAGGCAGGAUAUGCAUAAGCUAGAUUUGGUGUGGCUAUAUUUUUCAUGGAGUGUGUCUUUAUUUUUCCACCUUUGCUCAUUCUACAGAAUUUGGAGGGCUGCGCUGGGGCUGACAGAUUAUUGGGGGGAGUGUGAUAGGUAAUUGUGUGUUUAUGAAGCCGUUUACAUUGUGGUCACAGUUUAAAAAGGGAUUUAUCAGUUUGAGUUGAAUAGAACAUGUUAAUACGGAGAAGUUGCUUUCUAAUUAUUACAUGUUGUGACAGCAUAAGGUUUUUAAACGACAUGUUGAGACAGCUCUGUAAAGUGUUUUGAUUGUUCAAAAAUGUUUGAUUUAUAUCUUUAUUCUAGACUCUGUUUCAGCUGGUUUGAAGAAACAGCAAGUGGAUGUGAAUGAGACCAAAGUGCUCGAGACUGAAUCUUUUCGUUUCAGCUCAGUCAGAUUUGUUUACACAAAGGUCUCACUGUGGUUUUACUUAAUAAAUGUGUUCCCCCAUGAGAAUCGGUCAGCCCUAAUACACAUGCAGCAGCAGACAUAUCUAAUCACCUCAUGAUCUUCAACAGUUGUACAUUUAAAUAUUGUGUAGUAACACUAACCCAUUGGUUAAUAUUUGAUAAGUGUAUGUAGUGCUUCAUAGGCUGCAUGCUUAAUAAAACAAAACUUAUUUACAUUUCUUUA